AUGUAGCAUUCAAUUUAGAAAAGAACCGUAAGUAAACCCUUCAUAUUCAAAUAAUUGAUCUUGGUCUCUAGCUUAUAUUAUAGAAGUAUGUCCAAAAAAUGUAUCAUCAAACUUCGCAGCAACAGUCUUUACUCUUCAUCUUUCAUCUUCAUCAAUGAACCAUCAUUUGGCGCCAAUCAUCACGCUUCUAAAAUCUUGCAAAACUCUUCAGUGUUUCCAAAAAAUUCAUGUUCAUAUCAUAACUAAAGGCCUUCACCAAAACAAUUUCAUUCUUUCCAUUUUCAUUUCUCGCUCCACUUUCUCUUCUUCUCUCCUUAAUUACGCAACGUCUGUUUAUAAAAUUGUUACACAUCCAAAUUCUUGUCUUUCGAACUCUCUUUUGAACGCUCAUUGUCUUCAUUCUUCUCUUUCUUCUUCUCUUUCUCUUUUUUCCUCCAUGAGAGAUUCUUCUUGUGCUUUUCCAGAUAAGUAUACUUUCCCUCCAUUGUUGAAGUGUUGUGCUAAUGAAUUGGCUGCUUUUGUUGGGUUUGGUGUUCAUGGGUUAUUGAUUAAAUUUGGCGUUGAAGAUGAUGUUUUUGUGGGUACUAGUUUGAUUGAUUUUUAUGGGAAAUGUAGGUUGAUUGGUGAUGCCCGCAAAGUUUUUGAUGAAAUGUCUAUUAGAAAUGUUGUUUCUUGGACUUCUAUGGUUGUUGGGUAUGUUAAUUUUGGGGAUUUGGAUAGUGCUCGGAGAUUGUUUGAUGAAAUGCCUAAACAAAAUCAGGUGUCUUGGAACGCUAUGGUUUCUGGGUAUGUUAAGUUUGGACAGCUGAGUGAUGCGAGGAAGUUGUUUGAUGCAAUGCCUAUAAAGAAUGUUGUUUCUUAUACGACAAUGAUUUGUGGGUAUGCUAAAAGUGGCAAUAUGGUUUUGGCAAGAAAUUUGUUUAAUGAGUGCUUAGAGAAGGAUCUUGUUCAAUGGUCUGCUUUGAUAUCUGGGUAUGGACAAAAUGGGCUUCCAGAUGAGGCUGUGAACUGCUUUAGAGAGAUGCUUUUGAGCAAUACUACGCCAGAUGAAUAUAUAAUGGUGAGUGUGAUGUCUGCUUGUGCACAAUUAGGAAACUUGAAUCUUGCGAAAGAGAUUGAUUUGUACUUGAUUCGGAGCUCUUUUGAUCUCCAACGUAUUCAUGUUGUUGCGGCAUUGGUGGAUAUGAAUGCAAAAUGUGGUAACAUGGAGAGAGCAAUGACUUUGUUUUGUGAAAUGCCUAAGCGCGACAUAGUGUCAUACUGCUCUAUGAUUCAAGGCCAUUCUAUUCAUGGUCAAGGAGUGGAUGCUGUUAAAUUAUUCUAUAAUAUGCUUUCUGAGGGAGUAAUCCCAGAUGAUGUGGCCUUCACCGUCAUUCUGACUGCCUGCAGCCGUGCUGCAUUAGUGGAGGAAGGUUACUUCUUAUUCAACAUGAUGAGGACUAAAUACUCGAUCAUCCCCUCUAAGGAUCAUUAUGCUUGUAUGGUUGAUCUUCUAGGCCGUUUUGGCCACCUAGAAGUAGCUUAUGAUCUUCUGAAGUUAUUGCCAGUUGUGGACCAUGCUGAAACAUGGGGCGCGCUUCUUGGAGCAUGUAGAUUGCAUUGCGAUACUGAGUUGGCUGAGGUAGUGGCCAACCGACUAAUUGAAAUUGAGCCACAAAAUGCAGGUAACUUUGUAUUGUUGUCUAAUGUCUAUGCCGCAGCAGAUCGUUGGUUGGAUGUUUCUAUUGUAAGGAGCAAGAUGGAUAGUCGGGGACUUAAGAAAAUUCCUGGUUGUAGUUGGGUUCAGGUCAAAGGUUAACGGUAUGAUGUGAACUGAGUACAUAGUAGGACACUCCUUGGGUCUGUUUUAUUUGUUGGUAUUCCACAAAAGACUUCUCUUAGGUGUAAUGGGGUAAAGGGAAGUUUUUGUAUUGUAGAUGUAAGAUUGGGGAGAUAUUGAACCUCCCAUGAUUCCACUUUGACAUGAUUUCGUUGGUCUUUGUCAUCGAUUGUUGUAGAGCCUACUGUGAGUGUCUGAAAGGUACUUGAAUAAUAGAUCGUGGAUACUAUAAUAUGUGCUAAGGUUCGUAUCUUCUCUUUAAUUUCUGAGCUAUCUUUACUCCAAAUUUGUUGCACAUGCUAUUCCCUUUCUUCUCACCAAUUUUCUCUUAAUACUUGAAUCCGGAAAUGCUUAUGUGGAAACUCUACUAACUUGCUUAUUGACGAUGUCUAUGGAUGAGAAGUGAGCUUCUGCUAAUCAUAAAUUCUCUUGAAGUGGGAAUUGAGUUCUGUGUGCUCUGGAGGAUGAUAGUUUCAGGAAAAUAGAACAUUCGUUAUUGCAUAAUUUUAGUUAAUGAUUCUUUUGUUUGUGUUGCUGACUGUUCUGCUGCUUUGACUUGGAUUUUAUUGAUAUAUCUGGUAUAUUUUGUGUAUAGUUGUCGAUUGCAGUUUGUUAUCAUACAAUUGUGUACAGAAUUCAGAUGCUGCUGAACUUAAUGGAAUGAUCGAGCUGUGAUCCUGCUGUUUGGUUUUCUGAUGAUUUAGUGGUUAAUGGACUUCAACUAAAUCACCCUGAUAACUAAAGCGUGAGCAACUGUUGUGAUGUUAAAAUUUUAUUUUCUUUUCAGCCUGUGUCAAUCUCUAGUUUCAUGUAGGGGCCACUUGGAUUGAGAGUAAACAUUUAAGGGGAUAAAAAGUGAAACUAAUGUAAUAAAAUAAUUAAAGAUGUAAGUAGAGUUAUUGAAAUAAUUAUGAUAGAGGUAGAAUAAGAGUAAAUUAAAAAAAAUAAAUAAAUAAAGAGGUUGAUUUCUUUUUUGGAGGUAAAGAAUUCUCUUACUCUUCUCUAGGAUAAAUUUAUACCCAAAAUAAGGGAAUUAAUUGUUAUUUUUUCUAUUUUUUAUUAAAAUCUAAUCAAUUCUUCCUCCUCUCUAAGAAUCAAUAUCCUUUAAUCAUCUAUCUUAUUAACUUUGUUUUUCUAGUUUGACUUUUAUUUAUCUCUUAAAUAUUUAACCUCAAUCCAAGUGAUCUAGUAGCCUGCUCUAAUCUCAAGAAAAUGGUUCAAAACUUGAGGCUGUGGGUUGUGCCGAAAGUAGCAACAUGUAUUGGACUAGAAAUAUUCCCUCUGCUGGAAAUCAAUGUGUUUGCCAAUGUUCUAAUCAAUUGGGACAGGGGGAGUUAUUAAAUAUCGUCGC